AUGCUUCGUCAACUUGCUGUUUACCAUGGACGUGAUCCAUUCAAUCUCUUCCUGGUGCGCCUAGCUCAGGGCCUAACCCAUCUUGGCAAGGGUACUCUCACACUGUCUCCCUGGCACUCCGAUCAUUUUCUUCUUCGCCCCGUCAGCCUAGCCGGUGUGCUCACGCUCCUAGUGUCCUGUCUGGAUAUGCGUAUGACCUUCAUGGGUCGAAGCGACUAUCUCAUCUUCUACUUGACUCCCGCCAUACAACCACGACUGCUGAUGACCUUCGACAAGGACAUGAAACCCCUCACGGUAACCGUCCGUGUAGGUCAGGCGGUCGAUGUGGUUGGACAGGCCGGUCGACCGAAGACAAUCACCGGUUUUCAGACGCACACUACACCGGUCCUACUGGCCCAUGGCGAGCGUGCUGAGCUUGCCACGGAUGAGUAUGUACCAGCCACAAAUUUGCCUCUGGAAGGCUUCGUCAUUCUCGCAAAGAACCCUUCCUAUGAGAAACCGUCAACUUAA